AUGGAAAUAAGUCUUCGAUCAUUUUUUCGUGAUUUCAAUGCUUCGAAAUUUGUCUUAUACAAUUGUUUGUUGUGUUUUUUCAUACUACUGCCAUUAAAAUUUGAUAAUGUGAUUAAUCUGAAUUUUGCGGUUGUGUUUUUGCCUUUAUGGAUUUGCGAAACAAUCGUAUUUUUUGGAGCGAUCAUUGCUAUUAUAUCUUUUAUUAAAUCACCACCGUCUUACUCUGAAGUGGCAUUACGUUCUGAUUUUUAUGCAAUGAUCUUAUGUGCUGGAGAACAUGCACUCCUAUUACUUUUUGAGAUUUUGGCUUGUUAUAAACUGCAAACAAAUGCCUCGAUUGGUGAAUUACCUUGGCUUCUCGUUUUCGCUCCACUUUUCGCACUUAGUAUUUUAUCAGUGAUUGUUCUGAUAUGGGCAAUCAGAAGUGAUAAGUCGUUUGAAAUGGAACUUUUUUUUUCUGUGAAUGUUGUGCAAUUUUUCUUCAUUGCGUUUAAACUUGAUAAUAUAUUAGACUGGCAUUGGACGAUUGUUUUUAUUCCGCUUUGGAUUAUUCUUUCACUUAGCAUUGUGGGUGUUCUUUAUGCCUUCGUUUUGGCGAUUGUAUUGGUUCGUUCAGUCCAUAUCUUAGCGUCUCAGAGGAAACAACAUCUUUAUUCUGCAUUUUGUCACACAUUACUUGUUAUUCCAAUUCUUAUAUUUCUUAUACUUCUUACAAGUAAACUGGAUUCGAAUAAUUGGUCUGGAGAGGAAAAAGCUAUUCAUAUCCCAUUCAUCAUUGUUUCAUCUCCGCUAAUAUUGGCAAUUUUUUGUUUAGUUUUUAUGUCUAUUGGUGCACGCGGGGGUAAUCCUUGGUGGUUUGCUAUGCGUUCUCCGUUUUGUAAUUUUCUUCUUGAUACUUGUCCAUGUUUAAAACAAUACGCUAAUCUCAGUUAUAAGUUCGGUUCAUCUAAUAUUGAUGAAUUUUUGGAUUCAGAACGUCAAAGUUUUGAAUCCGAUCUAUCAUCUCGUUUUCCAGUUAGGCCUAUUGUACCAAUCCGUUUAAUUGAAAUGCCAGAUUAA